AUGCGUACAGACUUCCUCGCCGCCCUCCUGGCAACAGCCGCAACCUACACCUCCGCCUCCGCCAUCCCCCAACACCAAUCCCACAACACCUGCCUCAACAUCCCCACCUUCCAAGCAACCGACUACAACUGGGGCUGCUCCCCCGGCGGCUGCGGCUCGAACUUCAAACUCGCCGCCGCAACCGGCUACCGCGAAGGUGCUCCCGGUUUCAACGUCCAGUGCAGUCCCAUCUUCAUCCAGCAGCUGUGGGUGCCCUGCCGCAACGCCGAUGGCAGCGAGUUGCCCGCCACAUCGAGGGUCGAGGCUAUCUGGACGCAGGGGCCGGAUUAUGAGCGUCAGUUCCUUGGGGUGGCACAUAUUUAUCUGAGGGAGGAUGGGAAGACGGUUAAUGCUACGGGGCGCACAGAUAUCCUGCCUGUGAGGGGGGCGCCGAUGCAAUUUUUGUUCCCCGUGACGAUUAUUAGCUAG